UAAAAGCUCGUGAUUAAUUUCUUGGACGGUUCAGUAGGCCGUGCCGCCCGACGGCAUUCGGAUCGAGGCAAAAGCCGCCCUUUUUUUGUUACUGUAUUUAUUUAGAUUGCUAAAUCUUCACGAUCGUCGUCGCAGUUGGUGUGGAAAGAAUUUCGCGCGCGCAAUUUGCCCAGGAGGUCUUUCGCUGGAAGGAAGGCAGAAAAAAACGAGGUGCGGGUUGUUUGCCACAGAAAGCCAUAGGUGCAUUCAUACGUUAGGUGACCGGUUGAUUGGUGGUCAAAAAUAACCCGUGAAGGCAAUUGAAGUUCGAUUAGUUGUGGACCGCGGGAUCGAUCUCGUGCCGGGCGUGCCCUCGUCCAUUGUGGAUUCAAGAUCAAGUUCGGCGAAGGCGAAGGUGUGCUGCUUGCUAGCCUUUUCGACUAACCAUGUGGAUUUCAUGCGAGGGUGUGUGAAAGAAAUGGUUUCAAGAUAUGUUAAUGGGCUUUAAACUCAUUCACUACUGGCUUAGCCGUACUAUCAGUUGAAGCGGCGCGUGGCGUUCCUCCUCGCAGUGCAUAAUUGAGAUUUCUGACGAACGGGUGCUAUUUUACGUUGAUCGCGGUGCAGGUGGUGAUCAAAAACAUACCGAAGAUGGUUCUGUUUCCGAAAUUAGUGCUUCGUACCUGGCUAACGAUUUUUUCGACCAUGCAGCUGGUGCAAAGUGUUCCCCUGCCUCGUAUCGGCUACUAUGCGGACACCAGCCCGAAUGGCUUCUUCAAAUACGUGGACAAAAACCAACGAAACUACUACAGCUUCUACUCUGCGGCCCCGACGGAGCCUCCAAUCCCGGUCCCGAUCAAAACAGUAAAACACAAACACAUUCCGCACAGUGAAACUUGGGCACAGUACGAAAACGGUCAUUCUCUGAAUUCAUCCUUCUCCUAUCGAGAGGAAGAUGAUUUCGGUCCCUCGAACUGGGGAUCGAUGAAUCGCAACUGCGAGGGAAUCUUCCAGAGUCCUAUCAAUCUGCACACCAAUAAGUCGAUAAUCGUGAAAAAGAAGCGACCCUUGAGUAUCGAAGGUCUGCAGAAUCGACCGCGAAAAAUGUUGGUCUUCAACGAAGGUGGGACGGCGGCCUUCUUUCCCGAGUAUGGAGACGGUCAACGGCCCAGACUGAGAGGGGGUCCUCUCAAGAUGGAUUACAUGUUUCAGCAGUUUCACUAUCAUUUGGGAUCAGAACAUACCCUGGAUGGAAAACGAUCUGCAGCCGAACUUCAUUUAGUGUUCUACAACAGUUUGUACGAAUCCAUCGAUGAUGCACGGGAUCAGGUGGAUGGAUUGGCCGUAAUUGGAUUGACGUUUGACGUCAUCAAAAGUACUCGGGUAGAAUCAUUCAACAAGUGGACCAAAUACCUGAACAAAAUCGUUGAAGUUCAUAGUGAAUACAACCUACCAAAAAAUGGUCUUUUUCCACUGGCCGCCGUACUGGGGAACGUAGAUUGGCCCUUUUUCGCGUACGAGGGUAGCCUUACUACACCCCCUUGCUCGGAAACGGUCCAGUGGAUAGUGGCCAGCGAACGGAUGCUGCUCACCAAGAACGAGCUUAAGCUGAUGCGGAAGCUCAAGGGGCGUGGCGCCGAAUGGGUUCAGAAUGCCCGCCCCACGCAGCCGGUCAAUCACCGCCGGGUGUACAUCUACUAAGUUAUUGUGAAAUGUGAUAGAGUUACUAUUAGAUUAUUAAGCCUCGCCGAAUGAACCGAACGUAACAACAGAUGCCAUCAGCAGUAUUCUAAUUUAUGUUUAUAGGUUAGCAAUAAAGAAAGUAAUUUUCAUGUAGAGUAUGUUGUAAUAUUUAUUCGUAAAGA